UGUAAACGUAUGGUAAGAGUAAACCCAAACUAUUUAGACAAACAAAAACACCUAUACUUGACGCGGAGCCGGAUUCAUUCGCAUUGUGCUAGUUUAGAACAGUGAAAUGGAACUUGUGAUUUACUUUCAAAGAAUUAAAAUGGACGCAAGUGCUCCUUGUAGUGUUUAAUGUGUUUUAUUAAUAGUAAGAAAUAUCAUCAGUAUCAGAAACAUGUAAAAACAGCUUCUUUUUUAACUUAUUUGAAGUGUUUUUUGUGGGAGACAAUAUGGAUAUAUUCUGUGCUAAAACUGAAAAGAGGAUUGGGUAAAAGAAAACGGGCGGGAAAUAUGGGUGUUUUCGACAGUCCCGAGGCACAAAACUGGCUGCGACAAUAUCUGGCGGUGUUCAUCACGAGGAAAGUUAUAUUGCCUGCUGUAAAGUCCAAGGCAGUAGACUUGCAUAAAGACAUUCUGGGGAGGCUGCCAGCGCCCGUUUGUUCACAAGACCAUGGAAUAAAAAAAGGCGGGUCGAAACUUUCUUGUAAGUUUCAUGACGCAUUUCUUGUUGAAAUCAAAAGUCUACAUACUAAGAGACCGUCUUGGGAAAACGCCAAGACUGACACUUGGCACAAUGACGCAUUUUCAAUCGCCAAGUUGUUUAUGCAGCCCUCAGGGUAUGCCGAAAAAAACGAUUUUGAUCAAAUCGACUUUAACGGUAUUGCAGCCUUCAUGGUUAACUGUACCCGUUUCGCAACCACCGUGCAGACAUCUUCAGAUCAGGCUCGUGCUUCUAUCAACAAGCUUCGGCACAUGCCGGACAAGUGUUCCAGUGCCCUUACAGACCAGGCAACCACAGAAUGUAUUGAUAACUUGUCUACGCUACUGAAAGAUCCAACAUUAAACAUAGGGCAAGAUGCUCAGGAAGCUCUGAAACAACUUGAUGAGUUAAAGACUAUCCUUCCUGAACUGCAUGAAGAUCAUUGGAAAUCUAUUAUUGAAGAUAUUGCAACUAAAUGUCUUCAAGAUAUCCAUGACUUAUGCAAAGAUGAAAAAGUAUCAUGGCUAACAGAGGCAGACAAGAAGAGAGCUGACUUUCAGUCUCUCGGUGACAGUAUUCUGUCUAAAUUAGGAUCAAGAGGUGAAAACGCCUUGGGUGAUAUUAAGAAAACAUUAGAAGUUUCUCAGGAAACAAUAGCCAAUUCAAUCAAAGAUGGGAUAAAGAUAAUCGAAAAACAUAUUGUGGAAGGUAAACGUAUGAUCAUUGAAACGACUGAAAUAGGAGUAGGUAAACUUGUGAAAAUUACUGAAACUGGAGAACGAAAUAUAGAGGAGAAAAUUAAACGGGAGAUCGAUGCUAAGAUGAAGCUCAAUGAGAAAAGUGGCAAUCUUACCAAAGCAGAUUUGAAAAAGGAGCUUUUUAAACUGUACAACAAAAAUGCAAGCACAUUGUGUAUUCGACUUGACAUCGAUAAGGCAGUUGGAAAAGUAUAUGAAGAUCCUAAAUUUACUUUUAAGGAAAAGGACAAAGAGUAUGAUCUAUCUGAAGUGAAUUACAUUUUUCGAAACAAAGACGGCACAAUGGCUAAAACGAUAUUUGUUGAAGGCGAACCCGGCUCAGGGAAAUCUUCAUUGUGUAAGAUGAUCGUUCAUGAGUGGUGCGAAACAAAACGUGAUGGAAGAAAAGAGGUCAAAGGACGCGAACUCUUAAGUCAGUUUGAAUUUGUGUUUUACAUAAUUCUCCGUGAGGCAAAGAAAAUAUGUCAGGUAAAGGAAAUGAUAUUCGAAAAUAUCAUAAACAGGAUUGGAUUUGACAAACGAAGCACAGAAGAAUUGCUAGAUGAUGUUUUGAAAUCCAACGCCUGUCUGCUACUGCUUGAUGGUCUAGACGAAUGGAUGCACCCUGAAACAUGCCCUGAUGAUGAAAGAAUUCCCCAUGUAAAAACAAAAUGGGAAAAUUGUACCAUACUCAUUACCACAAGGCCAUACAAAAUGGCUGAGCUAAAAAUAAGCCAGUCUCAGAUUGGAAAACACGUGAUGUUGAAAGGCGUUUCGAACCCAGAAAGGUUGGUCGAGAAAGUGGUAUCUAGUUUGAAUGAAAUGUACGACAUAGGACGGUCCCAGGGUCCAAAAUCCUCAAGAUUACCACUGAAUCACGAAAUAUGCAUUAAGGAAAUACGAGAUAAAGAACUGUUGCAUUUUAGUGAAUGUCCCAUCGUGUUAGUUCACAUCGUUUGGGAUUGGUACAAGGGAAAGCUAUUGGUAGAUAUGAAACAGUCUGAACUUUACAGUACAUUGUUGCAUGAACGAUGGUUGGAAUCCUGUGGCAAGAGGAAUCCAGAUGAUGGAUCCAUUUACCGCAACAUGAUAAACGCCCUGAGCAAAAUAGCCUUUGAAAAGUUAUUUGCCAAAGAUGAACAUAAUUCAAUUGUGUUUGAAAUAGAUGAGGAGAAAUAUACGAAAUUCGAUCGUCAAAAGUCUGCAUCGCUUGAAUCUGGCAUCCUAUUCCGCACAAAUGUUCCAGGUGAUUCUCCGCAAUACUACUUCUUGCACAAAACUUUUCAAGAGUACCUAGCGGCGCUGUAUUUAUCAGAACACAUUGCAAAGGGUUGUUUGUACAUCAAAGACAAAUACAAACACACUACAAACGAUAGCGGAAUAAGCUUGUACCAGGUUUUCCUUUUCCUUUGUGGUUUGAAUAAAAAAGCUGCCAAAAAACUUUCGAAAAUAAUGAAUAAGCUGUUCACGAACUUUUGCGAUAGAAAUUGUUAUUCUUGGAGGGGAUCGCGUAUGCUUCAAGAUAAGAUCCUACAAGGUCGAAUGGAGCUAGAGAGGAGUGACAACUCUGGGAGAAAAUUGUGUUUGCAGCACAUCUAUAUAGAAGAGUUCGACGAAAGUCCAAGAGAAAGGGAGAAAGCAAAUGUCUUAAAACAGUACAUUACGACAAACCCAUCAUCGAUUAUAUCAUUGCAUAUAGACAACGAGAAUACCAAAGACGCAUUACAUUUAGGGAAGAGAAGCGACAACAAAGUACUUGAUUUAAGGAAAUUCAAGGGUCUGAAGUACUUACAUGUAAACAAUACAACUUUCAAAGAUGUUACUGGUUUGAAUUUGAAACAUUUAGUAGAAUGUAGAAUCAGAUUCGAAACUCCACAGCAAGCUCCGAGACUCACAUCUUCAUUUUAUAAAUCUGAUAACAAAUGUUUGAAAAGAAUGAAAACACUUGAAUUGUCAAAUUUGACAGACUUGAACUGGCUACAAGAAGGGUCAGAACGCGAUGGAAUUCUUGAUAUGCGACGACUUGCAAACCUUCAACACCUUUCUAAACUUGUAUUAGAAAAUCUGUCAUACUCAGACGUGGUGAAUCUUCACAAGUUGAGACUGCAUAAGCUUACAGUAACAUUCAAUGAGCUACAACAAGCACGACAGCUUAUUUCAACGUUAUCCGCACAUGGAACAUGUCAGGUUGGAUAUGGGGAUGAUGACAGACCAGCCAGCUGAACUUAAAUUGGAGUAAACAUCAUCCGGAAAUUGAUUAGUAUUUCACAAUCACUUUAUGGAAUAUCCAAACUGUAGCAUUGUUUGAGUGGGUAUGAUUAAUUUUAGUUUAUUUUUUGUAUGUAUGUUUCAUUCCUAAAUGACUUUGUUUCAUGCGGGUUGUAAAUUAUUUCUGAUCGCGGCCUUGAGAUUAUAUCAUGUUCUCAUGUUUCGUGUCUGUCUGUUUUGUUGAGCUUUACAUUUAGAACUAAUUCUAUAAGCAGUUAAACAAAACUGGUCUCUUUAUGAUGAAGAUUGAUGAUUGAUUUAUUUUACAUUUGAUUUCAGCUUUUGGACAAGAAAAACCCCAAAUACUUCAACAAUCAUGACAACAAAAUAAAACGAAAUCCUAUUUUAA